GUACGUACUUCAACACUAUUCAACAUACCCCAAUCGUUAUUCUCUGGGUCGCGUCCUAACUGAUUGGGACUUGAAUCUAAUCGAGCACAUAUCCUGUCGGGAUGUUUCGGUCACUUCUUGCACCAUGGCAAAGGCAUGAAGACCUCGCGCCUACUUCGCCUGCAAUUAACAUCAUUGGUGGCGGUGCCCCAGAUACCAGCAACAGUGGUGAACGUGUAGCCAAACAAACCAUGCGAGAUAUGGUAGAGGACUUGAAAGUAACAGAGGCAGUAGUCGCGAAGACAACUCUCCUGCAACGGAUUGCUACUCUUGUUCGCGAAGUACCCGCAACGAAGGACGCGUUUCGCGAUUCAGAUGGAUUUCUCUUGCUGGUUCACGUGCUCUCUACACUGUCAACCACGAUCGGACGACGAGGAUCCCAAUCGACGCGUGAUGCCGUGGCUUGUAUCAAGUCGGUUUUCACGUUGGCCUCUGAGGCUUUGAAGGGACAUGCAGUGAACCUUGAGUUCUUUGAGGAAUUCAUUGGUUACUCUUCGCUUUCUGAUGCUGCGGACCUGCUGGUCUCUAAUGCGGUGACAGCGGACGUGACGCUCGGGUGCUUGUUAGCUCUUUCAUUUGGUGAUUUCUUCCUCGUGGAAUUUUUCAGCUCGUUACGAACAAAAGUGCCUGAGAUCGAAGCGAUGCACAUCCACUUCCUGGAAUUUGCACCUGGUCUAGCCAGUAUCAGACUCCCUGGAGCAUUCAAUGUUCUUUGGAGCUUUAUUCUGCAAAAAAUGAACACGGAUCGCGCCUUGAGGCUCAUCGUUUACCGGCUUCUAGAACAUCUGACGCAUAGCACGCAUAGAAACCUCGCCGUCCUAAGCAUGCAAAAUAUCUUGCCGCAUCUUUUCAAAUCGUGGAAGACUAAUAUGAGCAGCGCCAAAGAUGACGAUAAGGAGCACCGAAUCCUAGCAAAAAUUCUUCGGCGUCUUUUUGAAAUGGGUGCUAGUACCCAAGACUCGAGAGAUUUGCUGCAGUGUACUGCGAAGCAAGAUGGAACUGUAGAUGCAGACAUGCUCGAACUUCUGCGCUCAAGUGCGAAGUCGAGGUGGCCCCAACACUUCUCUCUUGAUGGCCGUUCUGCGCUAGCUAUGUCGUCCACUGAAAUGAAGACUUUCCCUGCUCAUGGGUUCACAUUCAUGGCCUGGAUUUGGCUCGAAAGGAUGCCUUCGGAGCCACACAAAUUGUUCAGCAUAUCCUUUGGGUCAAACGAUGCCGUGGCGCUCUCUGUCGGUAGCAACGGGGCAUUAGCCUUCCGAUCACGCGUCGUUCAAAAAGUUGAAGUGCUUCCGAAGUCGAAACUGGCGGCUUCUCGAUGGACACACGUCACCCUUGUGCAUCAUAACCAUAGAUCAUCGCAUCCUUCCGUCUGCUUGUUCAUUGAUGGUGUUCCAAGUGACUCGUUGCAAUGGGCAUAUCCAAAAUUCGAUGAGACGUCGCCUGCGACUUUCAUGGUAGGUGAUGAUGUUACCGCAGUUGAAUCUAGCUGGUGCGUGGCUUCUGCCUACUUGCUUUCGGUCGCGCUCGAUGACGACUUGCCGAGAUUUAUACACCACCUGGGCCCCCGAUAUUCUGGGUCAUUCCAAGAUCAGACUCUCAUCAGGUUCCUGACGUACGAAGCGUCGACUUCGCUCAACAUGCAUAUUACAGCUCAAGGCGCAUUGCUACCUGAGAAUUCGCAACUCAAGAAGGCCAUUCGUGGGGAUUCGAUUAUUAGCGAUUCAUCGAUUAUAUUUCGUGUCGUCCCUCAACCGCACAAUAAAAAGGACCAAAUUACUCGAGGCGAUGUGUUUCCAGUAUGCUGUCAGUCGUUGGACCUUGCCGUGUGGAGGAUUGGCGGGGCGGCUUCAUUGCUGCGACUAGUAGCACUUGCUCAAACGCCGCAUGAACUUUCCAGAGCAUUGAGCGUUUUCUCUGACUGUCUUCGCAACAGCUGGCAAAACUCUGAUGACAUGGAAAGGUUACAUGGUUAUGAUGUUCUUGCAAGCACGCUGAGAGCUCGAAGUCAUCUCAUAAACACGACUAGCUUUGAAACCUUGUUUGAAUUCCUUGGUCUAAAUUUCCGUUCUCCAGAUUUAUCCACUGUCGUCAACACCAUCGCAUACAAAGCCGUGGCACUUGACUUUGAGCUGUGGUCAAAAACCAGUGCCGACAUCCAACGGGCUCAUCUCGAACAUUUCGCCUUCUUGUUGCGUGCCAGCCGAUAUAGACAGUUCACCAUCAAGAUGCGAUUGUCGAAACUAGGCAUCGUACGCAAGUUAUUAUUCGCCAUUCAGUCAGUCUGGUACCCGCAAGAAUCUAUACCACUUGUCGUCAACACAUUGGUGCUUGUUGCACAAUCAUCAUUUACAGCGGAAGAAGCGAUCAAACCAAUCGUUUCAUACGUAGCUGCCACCCUUGCUGAAGAGUCCCGAUCAUCGUUCUCAUCGUCACCUCGAUCAACAACAUCCCGUGGAGACUUGCUACGUUCUAGUACCAGGGAUAAAGCCGAGCAAGUCCUUGAAGGUCUUGUUUCCAUUAUGCGCAUUCCUUCGCUUCACUCUAAGCUUGCUGGUACGCUCCCUAUGCCACGGAUCUGUUUACUGUUACUUGGCGACCAUCCUUCCGUACACACUGCUUGCCAAGUGCUUGGCAUGCUUGGCCUCAGCCUAAAAGCCUCGGUAUCAUCUGGCAAAAACUUCGAGUUGGCCAGUGGUUGGGGCAUUCUCAAGACUGUGUUACCUCCAGUCUGGGAUCGCAGUGUACAUGAUGCAGCUUUAGAUAUCCUGCCUGGGCGCUCUGGAGACCGAUUCAGCGAUGACUCAGGAUCCCCUCAAAUGGUGUCUGUGUUUCUCUUUGCGUUGUAUCAAGGACUGUCAAUCGAGAACAAUAAUGCAGAAUCCGAUGAAGCUCCUUCAAAAGAUGCAAUCAUCUGGAUUCUCGAUGACUUAACAAAGCUGCACGAGUCGAGUUCAUCAUUCCGCCGCGUCUUCAGGUCCCAAAGCACUGUCCAGCUACUUGUUGAUGGCCUCAAUAUAUUCUCCCCAAUAAGACAGCCUCCCAGGGUGCUGGAUGCCAAAAUAUCCGUCAAACUAACGCACUUCGGAUUACUUCUUGCGAUGGGCAAGCACAUAUCUACGUCUCAAAAACAACAGAUUCUUGAUAUCGUUCGCCCGGACGCUCAGCCAAAAGGGCGAACUGAGCCUGUAGACACUUCUGGGUCACGACUCGGGCUUGCUCAAGCAGACACAGUCUGUAAAGCGUCUGCGCGUCUUGAAGAAUGGCGGCAGACGAUUCUUGUUUCAGAGCGCAAACGCUUCAGACAGACACUAUUAGACUUGUGCUUAAUUGUCCAUGCUCCAGCAACCUUGAGAUGUACUGACUGUUGUUAUAGGCAGGAAAAGCGACGUAGAGUCGCAUCUUUUGAAGAAAAUGUAUCUGUAUCGACGACCGAACGCGAUAUUUGGCCCCAUUUAGCUCGGAAACGCGUGUCGAGAUUGGACGAGACCGAAGGACCGCACAGAGUUAGGACAAAGAUGGAGAGCCUCCUGGAAAUGUUUGUGCAGGACUCGAGGUCUACUAGUCAUGAGGAAGCUUCGUCAGCUUUUGAUUCAGAGUUGCUGUCGUUGUCCCAGUCAGAACUUACUUCUCCGAAUACCGUGGUUGUUCCAUCUUAUACAGGCGAAGACGGCGAUCAUCAGCUCGCUGAAGAGGUAACUGAGGACAAACUCAGGAGAGUGAGGCAUCAACUCGAACCUGGCGAUGUCAUUGAGGCUGUUAGCACUGUCUGCCGAGUAUCCGGCGUCGAUUCCUUUCUUGGCAUGUUGAUCUUCGGGCGUACCCACCUGUACAUGUUAGAAGGCCUCGUAGAGAAUAGUGAAGGCGAAGUUAUUGAUGCAGGUGAUGCGCCGGAAGGAUGGUUCCUUAUAUCCGGAAGUGCCGUGGACGUUCGGAACUCGCAGCGGGCUCAACGAUGGUCAUUAGAGCAAGUUUCAGGUUUCUCUGACAGGAUGUUCCUUUUCCAGGAUGUAGGGUUCGAGAUCUUCUUCAAAGAUAGCCGCACACUGCUGGUUAUUUUCCUUGAUAAGUCACGUCGCCUAGUGGCUUCCCAGAUGCUUUUGUCGAUAGCUUUGAAAAUGAGGACAUCCGACCUCAGUUCAACACCUAGAUCUAUUACACCCAAAUCGCUUUUGAGAAGUAGAUCAUCCACUAGCGCAGUAGAAAAAGAACUCCAAUUGGCGCAACAACAGUGGCAGAACAGAGAGCUAAGCAAUUUUGGUUAUUUGAGUAUUCUCAAUCAACUGUCGGGACGUACCCCAAACGAUGCAACUCAAUACCCCGUUUUUCCUUGGGUUCUGAAUGAUUAUGUUUCGGAGGUGCUAGAUCUUUCAUCUACUGAUGUGUUUAGAGAUCUCACUAAGCCUAUGGGAGCGUUGACGGCUGAGCGUCGUGAGGCUGCGGAAACUCGCUAUACUAACCUGAGCAGUGUUGACGAAGAGCCAUUCCACUACGGAACACACUUCAGCUCAUCGAUGAUCGUUUGCCACUUCAAUAUUCGCAUGCAGCCGUUUACCAAUAUGUUCAAGACGCUACAGGGAGGAAACUGGGAUUUGCCUGACAGGCUUUUUGCUGAUAUCAGGAGAACAUAUUCCUCAGCAUCGCAUGACAUCCGAGGGGAUGUGCGUGAAUUGAUACCCGAAUUCUUUACUUGUCCGGAAUUCCUCGAGAAUUCAUCAAAUCUCGACUUCGGUAUCUCUCAAACUACCGGAGAACGGAUUCACAAUGUUAAACUGCCUGCGUGGGCGAAAGGAGACCCGCUCCUGUUCAUCGUAAUGCAUCGCCGUGUUCUUGAGGGCCAUUACGUCAGCAAGAACCUUCCCGCUUGGAUAGAUCUCAUAUGGGGAUGCAAGCAACGAGACGUGGAUUCGGUAAACGUUUUUCACCCUCUCAGUUACGAAGGCGCAAUUGAUCUGGACAAGAUUACCAACGAUCUUGAGCGACAAGCUACUGUUGGAAUCAUCCACAAUUUCGGGCAGACUCCCAAGAAGCUCUUCACCUCACCACAUCCACCACGAAAUCUUGAAGGGUUCCUGAGUCUCCCUGUCACGAUAGCCCGUGGUGUCCCUGAGGACGCACUUUUGUUAGCAAGAGAUUCCAUGCCUUUCAAAGUCGUGCUCGAUAGUGCUGUGUCAAAUAUUUCCGUCGACCUGUUUGAUGCGAAAUAUAGCGGUAUCCGUCCGUUGCCUCUUGGAGCGAUUGGCCUUCCUUCGAUUAGUCAUGAACAAAUCGAAUGGGAUUGGAACGCGAGUGAUCACUCACUGCGGUUGGUAUCCCACGGAAAAGUUACCCAAGUCAUUGAGCAGGUGGCACCCACAUGUGCUGCCUUCGCGGACCAGGACACUCUAGUAACGGGUUCUGGUGACAAUAUUGUGCGUGUUUGGCGUGUCAACCAAGGUCAAGUGGCGCCUUCGGGUUUUGUGGGAGCUUCGGGGCGGUCUCGCAGGCAUGCAUCUUCAACGCUGUCGAUGACGCAUAUCCUCAGAGGACACACUGAACGUGUGGCGUGUAUUGCAACAUCGCGUACAUGGUCCGUUAUUGUUAGUGGCAGCGAGGACGGGAGUGCCAUUGUUUGGGACCUGAACAGAGGGUCUUACCGGCAUUCAAUUUGGCACGGCAAUGAAAGCCUGAGAGCAGAAGUGUAUCUAUCUGCCAUCAACGAGUCUACGGGAUACAUCGCUACUUGUUCCGUUUCCCGCUUAAUGUUGCACACAAUCAACGCGAGACCAAUUGCCAAACUCGACACUGUGCGCGCGCUGAUUACUUCUCUGGCGUUCCAUGAACGCGAAUAUUCGCAUUUGGAUAUCCUUGCCACAGGUCACGACGAUGGUUCAAUCACGCUAUGGACAUGGAACGCAGACGGGACUCCAGCCGGAAUGCAAGCGCAAUGGGAGUUUGUUGAAGUUCGUCGGAUGAGUUCUGGAGAGGGGGUAUCUGAUGUUGCUUUAGGAUCUGUUACUGCGCUCAAGUUCAUCGGUGAACGCCUUUGCGCUGGUUAUGCUUCUGGAUUGACAUAUAUGUGGACCAUUCCUACUUAAUGUCAAUUGUAACAUCGAUUGUCGGACUUGAACUAGAGAUGAUAAUCCUUACCCGAAAGAUGAGGGAUAGUGUAACUUGAAGCUUGAGUACUUACUUUAAGGAUCGCACUCAAA